AUGCACCCGGCUCCUGCGACGACGGACCGGCGACGCAGCUGUCGCUUUUGCCGCAGUCGCAAGCUCCGCUGCUCAGGCGCCAGCGUCUGUAGCGCCUGCAAGGAUCGCCAGAUUGAAUGUGUCUAUGAUCAGGGCGGCCCGAAAGGUCGUCCCCGGGUCACUGGGGCGCGCACCACCGGCCGCCUGGUAGCUGGCCAGCCGGGGCCCGAGCCCACCAUGAAACAGGCUCCGUGGACAUCCCCUUCGAGUCCGUCGUCCGCCGCGGCCGGUCAGCUCUACUCGCCGCGUCUCAAGAGCGUUGCCGAUGCUCUUUCCGAGGUGACGGCCGAAAUUCAGGAGAAGCUACAAGGUCAAAGGGUUGAUGGGAUGCCAUGGAGCCAGACCGGUUCUCCUCGCCAGCAGCCGGCUAAGCUGGGCUGUCGUGAGCUCAUCAUGAUACUGACCCAGGAUAUUAUCGACGCUACAGUGUCCCGUUUCAGCGGACUCGACUGCCUUGCCUUCUUCGCUAACCAGAGCCAAUCCUUCCGAGCCAACCUGGCGUCCAGCACUCCCCACGAACCGUCCCCUACGCUCGAACCGGCGCCGCUGACCGCAUACAACGGAUAUCGCAUCACCCAGAUCCUAGAUGUGUGGUUUGGUGCACAUCCGUUGUCCAUGGCCCUUUCCAAGACGCUGUUGCUGCGUGACGUCCGCAGCAACUCUUACGACCCUCUACUCCUCGCCGUCGUGCUAGGGGGCGGUCUGCAGGAGUUGGAAGAUACAGACGCUCAGGUGGAAUCCGAGCAACUCCUGCACUGGGCGACUUCUCGCCUACAGUAUAUUUCGACGGCGGCGGCCGACUUGUCGACCGCGCAGGCGCUGAGCUUGCUGGCCUGGCACGAGACAUGUCAGGGAAACAUUAUCCGAGCAAUGUCCUACAGCAUCUACGCGAACCGUACCGUAACCCGCCUCACAAUGGACACCUUGGCCCGGUCCUCACGCGAUGCCCGACAGAUCAACGGCGUCGACCUGGUUCAGAUCGAGUUGGAGAUGAUGCACAUUCUGGGGUGGAUGACUCUCGCAUUGAUGGUCUGGUAUUUUACACACUUCGGGAUUGUAGAUGACAGUCUGCCAGCGCUCGCGAUGAUGUAUGAGCACCCGCCCAUGAACAAGGACGCGUCUUUGGUGUUACGACUUGACAAGGCGGCCGACAACUUUUCCACGCUUCCUCACCAGUGGGCCUGGAUCCAGGAAAUCUGGACCAUCAGCCACAUCACCUCCGCGGCUGUUCACCUCAACUCAAUCUACCCGCGUCAGGCUAGCGGGCCUACUUCACCCAUAGCUCAUCCUCACCACUCCUGGCAAAGUCAGCUACACGAGCAAUUGCGCAACAUCCAGCUCUACAAGGUUGACAUUGGCAAUUUGUGUAACGAAGCCCGCGCUGUCCUGGCGCGCAACGUGCAGAUUAUUGAAGCCAACAUGGAAGACCAGGUCGCGCAGACACGGAUCCUCACCGCGUACCGCACUUUGCUCAUCCACCUGCUGUUCCCCCGCAUGGAAACCAUUCCCGUCACAGCCGAUCUCGUCCAGAACCUCGCCGACUGCCUCGCCUUUUUUACCCGCAGCUUUCCCGUUCUCGUCCACGUCUCCACCACUCAGGCGCUCCCUCAAUCGAGCAUUCAGUCGUGCGUCCACUCCUACAUGGCCGGUCUGGCCGCCUGCGGCAGCGCUAUCGACGCGCUCUUCCUGAUAUCACCCAAACAGCUCCAAUGCUGGGAACCGGAAAUCCUGCAGGGCUUAGCCCGGCUACUUGAGCAAGCGACAAAGCUAGGCACACUCUUCACAGAUGACACGCUAUUGACAGACUGGCGGUGGCGAAAUGUACAAGACCGAUUCCAUCGGUUAUCUAAGUACAAAACGGAGCUGCAAAGCGUACCAACUGGAUGGGAUGGCCUUCCCAUGCCUAUCAGGCCGGCGGAGCGACAACUACCAUCCUCCUCCCUGCCCACAGUGACCGCGGCGGUGGCGGCAGAGCCGACAGAGCCGGCACCCACACCCAUAGUGCCUCUAUACACGGCUACUACUGAAUUACCGUAUGUGCCGGGAUACAGCAUGCCAGUUGCACCUUCGACGUAUGAAGAAACAUAGCAUUAGACAGUUAUCCUUGGGGUUCAUGUUACACAUGGCAUUACGGAUGGGACGAAGUGAAACUGGGUAGGACGGAACCAAUCGCAG